CUCGGUUUUUGGGCUAACAGAAGAUUUGAAUUUGAUAAGUAAACCAACAUAUGAUGAAUGAAUGGUUGAGAUGAGAACCGAAUGGAAACAUGAGACAAAGGAUCGAAACACGUAAAUAUAUGAACUGAUUAACGUUAUACAGUAACUUAUAAUCUUCAAUUGUUUGGAUUUGUACACCAUAGAGAGACUCAUCACCAUCAUCAUCCAUCAAGAGAAGAGAAAAUGAGUAGUUGCACCCAACACAUGGUGAUCAGUAUCCUAAGAACAACCUCAAACAAAACAAAUUCAGUUUCAACACGACAUGCAAAACAACUCCACGCACAUGUCGUAAAAAUCAAAGGAAUCUCCCACGAAGACAACAUCCUCGUACUCUCACUCUAUUCCAACCUCAACCUCCUACACUAUUCCACCCGCCUCUUCAACUCCCUUCCUUCUCCUCCUCCACCUCUCGCAUGGUCUUCCCUUAUCAAAUGCUACACUUCUCACUCCCUUCUUCACCUUUCCUUCUCUUCCUUCAACUCCAUGCGCUCUCUCUCUGUUCCGCCUAAUCGUAAUGUUUUCCCUUCUCUCAUCAAAGCUUCCACUCUUUUGAAACACGCUAAACUCGCUUAUUCUCUUCACGCUUCCACCGUUCGUCUUGGUCUUGAUUCUGAUCUCUAUAUUGCCAAUGCACUCAUUAACACGUACGCUAAAUUUCAUAGUUUUAAUGUUAAUGCAAAUGCAGGCAACAUGUUUGAUGAAUUAUCUCAGAGAGGGAAAUCUGAGAUUCAUAGUGUUAGGAAGGUUUUUGAUAUGAUGCUGGUUAAGGAUGUUGUUUCGUGGAAUACUGUUAUUGCAGGGUAUGCUCAAAAUGGGAUGUUUGUUGAAUCGUUGGACAUGGUUAGAGAGAUGGGGAAGAAUGGUAAUUUGAAGCCUGACUCGUUUACUCUUUCGAGUAUUCUUCCGAUUUUCGCUGAGCACGUUGAUGUUUAUAGAGGGAAAGAGAUUCAUGGAUAUGCUGUAAGAAAUGGGUUUGAUGGGGAUGUUUUCAUUGGAAGUAGCUUGAUUGAUAUGUAUGCAAAGUGUAAUAGACUGGAAAAUUCGCUAUGUGCUUUUUGCCUCUUGCCGCGAAAAGAUGCUAUUUCUUGGAACUCUAUCAUUGCUGGUUGUGUGCAGAAUGGUGAAUUUGAUCGAGGGCUUGGAUUCUUUCGUCAGAUGUUGAAGGAAAAUGUGAGACCUAUGCCUGUUUCUUUCUCUAGUGUUAUACCUGCUUGUGCUCAUUUGACUGCUUUGAAUUUGGGGAAGCAGCUUCAUGGAUGUAUAGUUAGAAUUGGUUUUGAUGAUAACGAGUUUAUUGCUAGCUCUCUUGUGGACAUGUAUGCAAAAUGUGGUAACGUUAAGAUGGCUAGAUAUGUUUUUGAUAGAAUGGAGAAACGUGAUAUGGUGGCAUGGACUGCAAUCAUUAUGGGAUGUGCAAUGCACGGGCAUGCCCUCGACGCGGUUUCCUUGUUUGAAAACAUGUUGGAGGAUGGAGUGAGACCUUGCUACGUGGCAUUCAUGGCUGUUUUAACUGCGUGUAGUCAUGCCGGAUUGGUAGAUGAAUCUUGGAGGUAUUUUAACAGUAUGGAGAGAGAUUUUGGUAUUGCUCCUGGUUUGGAGCACUAUGCUGCCGUUGCGGACCUGCUUGGUAGAGCUGGAAGAUUAGAAGAAGCUUAUGAUUUCAUUUCUAACAUGGGUGUACAACCAACUGGGAGUGUGUGGUCAACAUUGUUAGCUGCAUGCAGAGCUCAUAAGAGUGUUGAAUUAGCUGAAAAGGUUGUUGACAGGUUACUUUUGAUUGACCCCGAAAACAUGGGGGCUUAUGUUUUAAUGUCAAAUAUCUAUUCAGCUGCACGGAGAUGGAAAGAUGCUGCAAGAUUGAGAAUACAAAUGAGAAAAAAGGGCUUGAAGAAGACCCCUGCAUGCAGCUGGAUUGAGGUUGGAAAAGAAGUGCAUACUUUUAUGGCUGGAGAUAAAUCACAUCCUUAUUAUGAAAAAAUAAACGAGGCAUUGAAUGUUUUGUUGGAACAGAUGGAGAAAGAAGGUUAUGUCCUUGACACAAAUGAGGUGCUCCAUGAUGUUGAUGAGGAACAUAAACGCGAGUUGUUACAUAACCACAGUGAGAGACUUGCCAUAGCAUUUGGCAUCAUUAGCACUACUGCUGGUACAACAAUCCGAGUAAUAAAGAACAUUCGGGUGUGCACAGACUGCCACACUGCAAUUAAAUUUAUAGCAAAGAUUGUUGGAAGGGAAAUUGUCGUAAGGGAUAAUAGUCGAUUUCACCAUUUCAAGAACGGGUCUUGUUCAUGUGGUGAUUAUUGGUGAAGUGGCAGUCCAGUUAUGAUUAGAAAUCCUGUUUUUAAACCCAGCCACUGGGUUGUUAGUGACAACUCAGCAUGUAAACACUAACUGAGAGGUGGAUUAUGAAAGCAAAGAAACUGAAGUCAGGACUAAAACUGAGUUAGGAUACUGGCUGUGCUGCAGCAAGAUUGUGGUUUCAAAUUGGUGAAGAGAGGGUUUGGAUCCUGAUUAUACAUUGUCUGAUUUCAUGACAAGCAUCUUAAAUGAGUUCUGAUUGCCUACCGUAUGAACAACACCGUGACUCAGGAGUUUGUUUUCUGAAUUAAAAUUUAUAAGGAGUUCUUAGAGGUUGUCUUCUGAUUUCUCCUCCCUUCCUUUCAUUGAAGAAAACAUAAAAGUGUGUUUUGGCUUUUGAACAGUACAAAAUGUUAAGUAAUGACUUAUGUAAGCCACUAAUGAAUGUAGCCUUAUCAAGAGUUUGAUUUUCAUAAGUUUAUAUGUUUCAUAACUGUUCUUACUGUUCAUGAAUGGAUCCUUAGGCCUUUAAAGAUGGCAUGGGAUUUGACUGUUUUCCAUUUUUGCUUCCAGAUGAGGAAGAAUCCUUUCUGCCAGAGACAAGGGAAAAAAGCACCCUAACACAGUGGCUAACUAUUUGAUAUGGGCAUGUUUUUUAACUUUAUGCUGACGAACAAAGAGGCGUUUUCAGCAGAAUCAAAUUGCUUGGAGAAGGGAUAUCAGGGCAUAAGAUCGGCCCACAUAUAUUUUGAAUCUUCAAAUCUUUAAAUAAUUUUCAGAUUUCAUCCUAUUCUUAAGUCACCUGUAUAAUUAACUCUUAUCCUUUCAGCUUUUAUUGGUUUCUGAUCUAUAUUACCAACCUCUGCCACAUAUGUUUUAUUUUAACCAAACUCUGCUAUAUAUACAUGCUGUAACUCAUUGUUAAAUCUAUAAAUAAUUUCAUUUAGAGCAUCCUUUAUUUUGGUGUUCACCCUCCGGUUCACAGAGAAAGGGAACUCUAAAAUUCACAGUUUGACUCAGAAAUAAUUAAAAUUUGAUAAAAAG